AAUGCGAAUUUUGCAGACGCUUCGCCUCGUUCAGCGAACCCGGAAGUGAGCAGGAGUGACUUCUCUUGCCUCCUCGGGCUACAGUUGGAUGUUUGUAACAACAGCAACCACAGACAACGGAUAACCUAAUGAUGGAAGAAUUUGAAGAUGGUGACGCUCCCAAUUCUGCGGAUCUGGUUCAGUGCCACAUCUGUAAAAGAAGCUUCUUCCCCAAAGUCCUGGAAAAGCAUGCUAAAAUCUGCCAGAAGUCAACAACCAAGAGGAGGAGGGUAUUUGACUCCAGCAGACAGAGAGCUGAGGGCACAGACAUCCCUACACUCAAACCUAUAAAACCAAAGUCACAAAGUUCAUCAGCCACUGAGAAAGCAGAACCCCCCAAGAAGCCGUCCAACUGGCGCAAGAAACACGAGGACUUCAUCGCUACCAUCCGGGCUGCCAAAAACCUCACACAGGUCAUCAAAGACGGGGGACCACUGCCCCCGCCCCCUCCUCCCACUUAUGACCCAGACUACGUCCAGUGCCCUUACUGUCAGCGGAGAUUCAACGAGAGCGCGGCUGACCGACACAUCAAGUUCUGUCAGGAGCAGGCUGCCCGGAUGUCCAACAAGGGAAGCACCAAGAAAACUCCUGGUCGCACACAGUACAAGCCUCCCGCUCCUGUAAAAAAGGCAAACACUGCCGCUGUGUCGAGCAUCCCUUCGGCUGCAUCCCGUUUGCCCCAGAGAUCAGGCCUGGGACAGCCCACCGGAAUCCCGUCUAGUAAGGUGUCCUCCUCCGGUUCAGUGAGGAGUAAUCCAUCCGGCCUCACAAGCCCACCGUCAGGUGGAGGAAACAAGCCCCGAGCAGUGGGCUCUGGCUACGGUGCUGUGAAGACCACUCAGUCUGUUAUAGGAGUAAACAGGAAGAAGGUGGAGACCUACAUAUCCAGGAACGACGUCGACGGCGGCGUCGAGGUCGGCAACGGCGGAGUGAAGAGCAAGUUCUGUCACGCUUGUGGCACAAAGUACCCCGUUGAAUCUGCCAAAUUCUGCUGCGAGUGCGGGGUCAGAAGGAUGUGUAUCUGACGGAGGGAGUUCCCCAAGGGAGUUAUUAAAGUUAAAGUCAAAAUCGAGUCAAAGAGGAGAAAGCAUAGGAAGGCAGGGAUGCAUCAUUACUCCAGCUAUCACCAGAUACUCACCAAAGCUAGUAUAAUUUAGUAUCCUUCUGUUUCUUUUCACUAUUAGGUCACAGCAGCAAACUGUAAUUGGCUGACUGAAUUGCAGGGUAGAAUAAAAUACAGAUAAGGUAAAUCCAGAAAAGGCGUUUUUAAGGCUAGCUGGCUGCUGAACUGGUUGGGAAUGAAGUUACAUUAAACAGUGAUAGGACUCCUGAUAGCAGAACCAGCCCAUGCAACUCAUUAUUUUUAAUUAGCUUUCUCCUUACUGACGGAUUCACCCACGGCACUGCAGCUGCUUCUACCCACUCGAAUCAACAUUGCUGCUGUGAAUCGAGUGCUGGUGAUAGAGCGUUUUAAUGAGGGGAAGCAAAACCUUUCCAAUUAGGAUUAUUGUUUUGGUCAUUGGGAAGUAAUGUGGUCCAAGAUAUUAUUAUUUUAUUGUUGUUGUUGUAGAAACUCAGCUCUGUUGUACCUGGACGGUACAGUAUCAGCAGUCGACAUUACCUUAGUAGAGAGAUGAUGGAGUUAGUAAAGCGUGUGUGCACAGAGGUAAAGGAAACUUGCUGGAUGACCCCCCCCCCUCGUAUUCAAUCCUCUGCUGCCACACAAGUUCCUAUUGAAGUGCAAUAUCAUCAACUACUGAGGAAAGUUUUUUUCUAAAGACUCCUCUAGAGUUUUAGGGAGCGGUUGCCUUGGUUUGACAGGGGCCAGUCCUAGACCUGUUCACUUUACAGGCAGUAGGUUUUAUCCCCCUUUAACUGUUUUAGGCAGAUGUAGCAUUUCCUCGGUCCUUGUCCAUUUCCUCUCGUUUUGUACAUUGAAAUGAGAUAUUUUCUUAUUCCCCUUCUUUGUCCUGAAUGCACUAUGACUGCGUCUUCUGCUAAUGCUCUGUGGAGUUGAAACGCAUCUUUCUUUGAAUUCGUGUGAAACCGAACUGCACCCAAACGCAUCCCAGUCGCUUUAUUCGUCUCAAAAUGUUUGAGUUUUGUAUCAUAUCUACAGUAACACUACAAAAAAUUUCAAGUGCCCUGAUUUGUGCUUCACUAUCCUAUUAUUUAUUGACCGUUUACAGGCACUGAGAGGCUGAGCCCUCUACCAUAUGUAAUACUCAUUAACCGACAAACCGUCACGUGACAGGAAAUAGGUAUGAAGCCAGCUAUAUUUAAGUUACAGAAAAUAUUUAAACAGACUGGACUAAAUACAACAAACGUUAGCCUGGAUACGGCUGUGCACCUAAUGCCAUGUAUAUCCUCCAAUAUCAAUAAACUUCUAUGAAGACA